UAUUUUCAAUAAAUACUGGGGUAAAUCUGGUGUAGAAUCAAUCCACGCUCCACCUUGCUGAAGCUGAAGUGCAGUCCAGAACGUUCAAGCCAUCUCUGCAUCUCUGUCUGUCUCCACUAUAGGUUUGCAAUAUGAGUUCAAACUUCACCAUCAGCCUGUUUCUCCUUGUCGCCAUCGCAUGCCUGUCCGAAGGAUGCUGUCCCGAGAGGUUCAUGCAAGUCGGUAACCGGUGCUACUAUUACAACUCCGGCAAGGUGGAUUGGCACGAUGCACGUGCUGCAUGCCUAAGACUUGGGGCGCAUCUAGUCAGCAUCCACAACUUGGAGGAUAGUAGAGAGGUCUAUGCCUUAUGGAAGAGUCUCGUCGAUGAGAGUCUGCGUGAUAAUUCAGACGCGGCCUAUUGGAUUGGACUUAAUGACGAGCGAAUCGAAGGCUCCUUUAAGUGGAGUGAUGGGACUCAUACAGACUAUACCCUGUGGCAGGCCGGCGAACCCAACGACAGCAACGGGGGAGAAGAUUGUGUGGCUCCCCGUAACCAAGGGCGCAAUGACUUUGACAGGCAAAAGUGGAAUGACAACCAAUGCGGAAAUCGGAAAUCCUACUUUUGCCGCAGAUCACUCUAUAGGUCAUAGGUCAAAUCGGUGGCCCUAUUGUUACCCAUACAAUUCAUGUUCGGAUUAUGUCAUUACAAUGUUCGAUCAUUAGCAGGUAAUUAGCAGUCUAUAGGCCAUUGAAAAUGUUUACGUUAUAUUUGUGAAAACUAGUUGUGAUCGUGUUAAUACUUGAUUUGAAUACAAAUUAUUGAAUGAAAGGAAGGUUAUUAUCAUGCAGCCGAUCUGGACAACAAAAUAAUAUUAAUCGUUGAGUAUUUAGGAGUGCUAAAUACAAGUAGGCCUACCAUGGCGCUUAAUUACAAACAAAUUACAGACAAUUAUUAAGAGGAACACAAAAUACAGACUCUUAAAAUGGGUGAUUCACAUUAUGUUGCCGACGGAAUAAAUAUGUUUUAAGGGAUCUUUUGAAAGGGGCAAGAAAUGCUCAUUCUCUGAUUAAAAAUGGGAUCUUGUUCCACGUUUUCGAGGCAGUCAAACGUUUUCAAUUGCAACAAUAUUCAAUAAUGAAAACAAAACAAAGACAACAAAAAUAUGAACAUUAAAUGAAUUACGCAUGAUAUCAAAUGAAUUAGAACCCUUCCCCCUCCUUACUCAGUUUAUGCCAAUAUUCCCUCAUAUUCUGAUUUUGAAUAAUUGUGAUAUUUUCAUGAUCCAGCUGGCUCAUAUGCACUAUUUAAGGAAAGUGCACAAUAUUUUGUGUUAUUCUAGUAAUAAAUUGUAUUAUUGGAACCAUUUUGUUUAAAAGCUUGACAAUGCCGAGGUAUACCCGCCGACAGUCUCUUUACGCUUUAUACACAUAGUAGUUUACAACAUGGACAGUUCUUUAUUCGGACGUCUUAGUAAUGCGCCUAUAUUUUAUAAUUACGGUAGUCUCAAAUGAUAAAGCAGAAGAACAGAAUGAAAUAAUUAUGUCGUUAUGAAUUACUUCAACAAUAAAGGAACUUAUCAAGUUGUCACAAUCUUCA